AUGGAGAGCAAGAAGAAGCACCUCCGUAAGCUCCUCCAGCUUAACCAAGCCCCUAGUGGCGACCGAGAGCUAAUCAUAACCGUCCAAAACGCCACGUCAUCAGCAUCAUCAUCAUCAUCAUCAUCAACGCCACCGUCACCUUCGCCACUCGUCUCCUCCAUGGCUUUCACCUUAUUCGUUCUCUUGAUUGCUCUCUUCUUCACGGCUUUCUUCUUCGUCUUCAUCCGUCACUUCGCCGACGAUGAUUCAACUGCCGAGAUUUCUUCUAGGCCAAGAAGAAGAACAUCAUCCUCCACAACGUCGCCACGUCAGCGUUUUAGUUCCCGUAGAAAGAGAGGGCUUGAUUCUCAGGCCGUGCGAUCACUGCCGGUGCAUCGUUACACGAAAGCAGCGAAGCAGCGGAUCGAAGAUUGCGUUAUCUGUUUGAGUGACUUCCAAGAAGGUGAAACCGUUAAAGUGAUACCGCAUUGUGGUCACAUGUUCCACGUGGAUUGUGUUGACACGUGGCUGAGCUCACACGCUUCUUGCCCUUUCUGCCGGAGCAGCCACGUGUUACCGGAACAUGACACGUGUGCUGAUGUGGGCCCUUGUAUGAGGAGGUGUAGUAGUAGUAGCUAUUCGAAUUUGGGGCAGAGGACGACUGCAUUGGAACGGUCGUUGAGUCUCUGA